UUGGUAGAACAAUGGCUGGAGGAAGCGAUCAUAUCGUGGAAUACAUUGAAAAAUGUGGUGACUUCAAAACGUUCACCCUAGAAGCUUACAGUUGUGUCCAGAAUUACGUAUGCAAUGAAACUGACAUUAAGACUACAGUCUCUGCUACAGAGGGCUUUGAUCCAGUUAAGAUGCUGCCAUUUGAAGACUUCUGUGGGCUGAGCGAGUGUUAUAAGAGCCAUGUUACCGACAGCAGCCCGUUAACCGACAUUGAGCAGCCGUGUUUUAGGUACAGGUGUAUAGAAGGCACCCCGCUGUAUGUACAGUAUAGUUGGUGCGGGUACGACGAGGCAAGCCCGCAGAAACUUAUCUUACCUCUGGUUCUAAUUGGACUGCUUUGCGCGAUCAUAUUUUACAUGGCUUUCGCUAGCUGCCGAGAGAGGUCUCAACGAAUCAAGUACAUAAAAUCUCAGAACAGCUAUGGCAAGCUGAAGGAUGACCAAGCGAAUAACAAACACUAAAGGAACUCACAUUGCAUAUCAUUUUGGUUUUGACUCCUCUUGAGUGAUUCGUUCUUGAGAAGAAAAUCACCAAAUCUUGAUGAUCGCAAAAAUUUUGUUAGAGAUGGGAUGUGAACAGUCAAUAGAUCUGGAUAUUGGUAGGGACGUGAACUUUAUUUGUUUUGUCACGUGGUAGUGAUUAUGGGUUUUGAUCGGUUAAUGCUGAAAGCUGAUUGGUCGAUCGCUGUCAUGUGUCAGAAUCAUGUGGUUUACCUUCUCACAAGUAUCCAGAUCCUUAAGAUUAAUCGACUGAUAGAAUUGGCCCCAAUUACUCAAUUACAAUUAACCAUAUUUAAAUAUCUGUUAGAUUAUGUAGAACUGCUAUAUUAAAAGCCAAAAAAAUUAAGCUUAGAAUUUUAAACGUGACCUGAAUGAAUAUGAAUGUUGACAUCUGCAUCUUGACUAAGAUUUGAGUAUAUAGAAAAAUAGCAUUUUUCUUGGUAAUCAUAAGUAAUGAAAAACCAGUAGGCAACGACAAUGACUUAUCCAUAAUUGUGCUCCGUUUGAAUUCCUAAAGAAAAAGAGUAUAAUUGAUAAUGCUGUGCAACAAAUCAUAUUGAUUUAUACUUUGAAAGGGUCCUGAUCGUAUUAUCGGAUUUAGAAGCUCUUGCUUGACGAUGUUGAUUCCUAACAGCUCGGCUACACGUUUAGCCUUGAAGAUGUACAAUUGAUUAUUCUCUAGCCAUUAUGAUUAUGCCUAUUAAUAGGCUGCGUUUAUUGGCUAAAAUAGUGUCCAGUGUAAAAUUAGGAAGUAAUGGGAAAUGAACGCCAGGAAUAGAAGAUCAAAAAUAAAAUAGCUCCUGGCGUCUCUUGCACAUCAGUAUUGUAUUUCAGAUAGUUAAACCGCGAUUCUUUGUAUUGAACUUGAAGUAUUGAGUUUCUGAAGCAUUUUCGAAGUACGUACGUCGUACAUAUGUCACGUGAUAUUUUGAUUUGCUUGUUAGCUGGCCAUGAUUUUUAAAAUUAUGGUCUGUUAUUGCUUCCCUUUUAUAACAUAAAGCUAUUUUUCUCUCUUUAUUUUCUUGCUCCAAAUUCAUGAUUAGAAACUUAGUUGAAACUUAAA